UAAAAAUUCCCGCAAGGUGACGAGAAGACCCGGCUUAACCAACACUACGAAUCCGCUUCUCAACCAAUCCCCUCGCUUCGUCGUCGUCGUGGUCGUCUUCGUUGUCUUCGUCCUCGUCUUCGUCCUCCCAUGAACACAGGAAGAGGAGGAAACGAAACCCUAAAACUAAUCCUAACCCGAGAGAGAUAACAGAGAUAAGAGGGAUGGGGUUCUCCACGGACAAUCUCAAGGGUUUCCUCCUCGCGCUCCUCUCGAGCGGCUUCAUCGGGGCGAGCUUCAUCAUUAAGAAGAAGGGGCUCAGGAGGGCCGCCGCCGCAUCUGGAGUCCGCGCAGGAGUUGGUGGGUAUUCCUACCUCUUAGAGCCACUUUGGUGGGUCGGUAUGAUCACGAUGAUUGUUGGGGAGGUCGCCAAUUUCGUGGCAUAUGCCUUUGCUCCUGCUGUUCUUGUCACUCCUCUUGGUGCUUUAAGUAUUAUUGUGAGUGCGGUGUUAGCCCACUUCAUUUUGAAUGAAAGAUUGCAAGGUCUUGGUGUAUUGGGCUGUGUGAUGUGUAUUGCUGGAUCAGUAGUCAUCGUCAUCCAUGCACCACAGGAGAGACCAAUAACCUCUGUUCAGGAAAUAUGGAGCCUGGCCACUCAGCCUGCUUUCUUGUUAUAUGUGGCUUCAGUUAUUGUGCUAGUCUUUGUCUUAGCUUUCCACUUUGCUCCGCGCCGUGGGCAUUCCAAUGUGCUAAUCUUCACAGGCAUUUGCUCGCUGAUGGGUUCUCUCUCGGUAAUGAGUGUUAAAGCUCUAGGAACCUCCCUAAAGUUGACUUUUGAGGGUAUGAAUCAGUUGAUUUAUCCACAGACGUGGUUUUUUAUGCUGGUAGUGCUUACAUGUGUUAUUACACAAAUGAAUUAUCUUAACAAGGCUCUUGACACUUUUAACACCGCCAUUGUUUCUCCGAUAUAUUACGUGAUGUUCACAACACUUACAAUUGUAGCAAGUGUUAUAAUGUUUAAGGAUUGGGAUGGACAAGGUGCAGGGAGUAUCAUCUCUGAAAUUUGUGGCUUCAUUGUUGUUCUAUCAGGCACCAUCCUUUUGCAUGUGACUAAAGAUUCAGACAGGAACCUCUCAAGAAGUAUGUAUGCUCCAUUAUCUCCGACCUUGACUACUAGACUUGCUAAUGAAAACGGGGAGCUAUUGAAGCAUGUUGAGGAUGAUAUGGCUUCUUCUGAAGAAACUGGCGGCUUAAGAAGACACGAGCUAUACUAGCAUUUUCUUACUCCAGACAAAGAGCCAAUAGAUUGUGUGACAACCUACAACCUUGCAAUUAUAAAAAGUUUCGCAACAAGCAAUGGCCAAUCUAAGUGGCUUCACCAAAAAUCAGUUUAAUGGCAGAGGAAGGAACAAUCAGAAAGGUACAAACUUUGGUGAAUCACCAAAAAAAUCGUGGCCUUUAAACGGUUUUUAAUGGGCAAUAGUUUGCGUGAGGGUGAAAUUAGGGCAUCAAUUUCCGGCUUGCUUUUUGGUAUAUAAUUGCUUCAGAGUUCAUGGAAAUUGGAUUGAAUUAUCUAUUCUUUUGUGUAUAUAACUUAUGGCCAGUCAAAGAUGAGAGGGAAAUAUUUGGUCCAGAGUGUGAGAAAGUAGUAUAUUUGUCAGCAGAUAUUGCAUUAGUUGUUCACUUUUAAUUUAAUUCAGUGUUGCUGUGUACAGAACUUUCAUAGGAAAAGGCUACAGCCCUCCCUCGUCCCCAAGUAUUGUUACUGAAAUUGACUUUUUUGAGGAGAGUUUUUUUUAAAUUUUUUUUCUUGUAAUUAUUGUGUGAUAGGUGUUUGAUAAUGAGGGGUUUGGAAUUUUUUUUUUUUUUUCAUAGUGAGUGACACGUUUCAAGGUUAAACUAUUUAUUUUUGGUGCA